AUGCUCUCCUUCCCGGUCGCCGGGGUCGUCAACGACAAGCUCCGCACCGUCCGCGCCCGCCGAUCCGGAGGAGCGGCGCUGUUCGGCACCUCGCGCGCCUCGCUCAUGAUCCCAGGUGUCUGCCACCGCGACGGCAACUUGAGCAUCCUUCAGGCGGGCGUCUACAUGUCGGGCGCCAUCACGUGCGGGCGCGCCUCCCACCUCAAGCCGCACGCCAAAAAGGCAUCGCGCAGCGUCGGCCACGUGACCUGGAACACGUCCGACCGACCGAACCGUUAA